UCCUCCCUGUUCCUUCACUGCUCCAUUCCUUGCCCAUGUGGUGCCAGUGCAGGAGGCGCACACAGUGGGGUCGGCGCAGCCAACAAGCCCAACCCUAAUAAUAAUAAUAAUAAUAAUGGGCAGUUAAUGAAAGAGCAAUUAAAUAGCGGUGGGCGGGAGAGAGAGAGAAGGAGAGAGAAGCCCCCACAGCUCACUGCAGCCCCCCUCCUCCCUCCAUUCCCUCCCAGUCUAUAGGAGGAGUGAGGCUGCAGCUCCUGGGCUCUGCUUGUAACGCUACUUGUCCCCCAGUGAGUCGGGAGCAAGAUGCCCGGGCGGAGGGUCUGAUCCAGCUCUGCCCAACUCUCCCCACUGCGUUUGAACCAUUGGCCGUGAUGGAUUCCUGGCUGAGAUACUGGAGCCUGGCAGCCCUGCUGUGCCCCCUCAUCCUCCUAAUCCGGGCAGAACCUAAAAAUGGAACAGGCAUGGAGAACAUUGACCUGGAGGUGGAUCCUACAACCAGUUCCUACAACCAACCAACUGCAAGCUUUCCAAAGGGAAAUAUGUUGGAUGCAAAAGUUGAUGUAGAAUCAAAGUCUGGUGGAGAAGACUUUGUAGGAGAGACAAGUUCCUGGAGCCUAACCAAGGCAGAAAAUUCCCAGGAAAGCCUAUCAACUGAAUCAGAGGUCUUUGCUGGAAGUACAACAUCUAACCAAGUGGCUGGAGGCCUCCCAUCUACAGACGGCACUUACCAACUCCAUCCCAGUGGGAUUACUAUUGGGAAUAAUGAGUCAUCAAGCUGUGAGGGUUGUAGAGGAGAAGACAUUAACCGGAAGCCACCCGUGAGAUCAUUAUUAGCAGAGAACCAUGGGGAGGAUGAGGAACCAGUUACUGGUAUGGUGUGGCCUUUUAGCCGGGAAGCCUUGGAUUUGGAAAUUAGAAAGAGAUUACUUAAAAGUGGAAUUGUUUCAGCUACAGAAAGCCAAGAGGAUGCUGGGAGUGGAGAUCACCAUGUUCAAGAGCAAGGACGUCAGGUAACCCAUCAGAGCUCCCUGGGAAAAGAUUGGGAUUUGGAUGAGUUUAUAGACAGGGCAACUGCCUCGCCCUCACAGACGACCAUUACCUUCAGCAAGGGACUUGUGAAUCCCUCAACGAACAAAGCCAUCAGCCCGGACUCAGCCGAAAUUGACCAUCUCCUGCAAGUCUCCAGGGAAGCCGUUCUUAAGUCUCCUUCCUCUUCAGAUACUGACCAACAUGGUCAGAGUUCAAGAAAAGAAAAGGAUCAGGGGACCUACACGGUUUCAGAGAAAGCAUCCGAUCCAUUGACGGCACAAGGGGCUCAGGGGAGCAAGGACAUCACCAUGGUUACUGAUAAAACAGAAAGUCCCCCUCCUGCCAGUGUGCCACCUGUCAGUCAAGACAAGGCCUCUGAGGCUCCACCGGAUCAUUCAGUUGAUGACCUUAUAAAUUUUGAUUAUUAUGAUCUGUUUAACAUAGACGGACAUGGUGGUUUGGGCCGUUUCCCUGGUUCUUCCGUCCCUAGUGGAGACUCUACCAAGAAGAACCAUGACAAGAAGGUCCCCUGGCCCAUGCCAGAACUUUAUGAUGACUUCACGCCUUUUGACGAAUCAGAUUUUUACCCCACUACAUCUUUCUAUGCGGAUGGAGAUGAUGAAGGGGGUGUUGAGGAUGACGAUGAUGACGAUGAUAUAGAGGAUACGGAUGACAUAGAUGAAGAAGAUACCGGGGCAAGAGAUGUAGGACAUGUCCCCAAAGCUGCUACUCUUACCCCAAAGUUACAGACUAUAAUGGUGGAUGAGAAGCCAACCAGUAGGCAACACACUCCGCAUCAAACCUUUAUCCUGUAUGGUGGGGAUUUACACCCCAAAUUGCACCCAGACAUUAAUAAGGAUUUGUCUCAAACAGCGUUGAACGACAGCAGCACUGAGUGCAGGAACGGAUAUGUCCGGCGCAACUACUCCUGCAAGUCAGUGUGUGAGAUGUACCCCACCUACUGCUACAACGGGGGCCAGUGCUACAUUGUGGAGAACACGGGGGCAUUUUGCAGGUGCAACACCCAGGAUUACAUUUGGCACAAGGGCAUUCGCUGCGAGUCCAUCGUUACGGAUUUCCAGGUGAUGUGCGUGGCUGUGGGUACGGCGGCUCUGGUGGUCCUUCUGCUCUUCAUGAUGACAGUUUUCUUUGCCAAGAAACUCUACCUGCUCAAAACCGAGAACUACAAACUGAGGAAAAGAAAGUACAGGACUCCUUCCGAGCUCCACAACGAUAACUUUUCUCUGUCCACCAUUGCUGAAGGCUCCCACCCAAAUGUAAGGAAACUAUGCGACACUCCAUCUAACCUCUCCCCCCAUGCCCGUGCAUUGGCUUACUAUGAUAACGUUAUUUGUCAGGAGGAUCCCAAUGCUCCACAGAAGGUGCAGGAUCUCCCUAAAGCCUGUCUGAAGGACGAAGAACCUUUCAACAUCCAAAAUUCACUCUCCCCCAAGCUUGACAGCGGCAAAGGGGACGUGGACAUUGCGGACGUCAAAUGCGUCCUGAACAACUUAACAUGAGGAAAAACUAAAGUGUUUGAUAAAUGAAAGAAGGUGACUCCACGUUAUCUUCUCUGACUUCACUUCUCCAGUGCUGAAGGGACACGUGAGAGGACCAAUCACAGUCCGCCUCCAGCACUGACAUGAGCUUAAUGUAUCAUUACCAUACCACACCCUCUAAUGUGCCCCCCAAAUCCCUGGCAUGCUUUGGUGUAUUUUGUACAGAGGUUGACAGAAAGGUGGUGCAGUGUCUUGGAGAAGGGAUUCUCUACUGUACCAAGUGUGGGCCGAGUCAGACUGAAGAUAAUUCCAUAUCUCUCCAUUCCAUGAAUGCAUUAAGGUACUGCUUAUAUGGUUAAUAUAGACAGAGGCUUUUCAGGACUGGUGUAUAAGCCUAACUCAUACUGACUAGUCAGGGCAACAUGCUCCUUGUGAUGUCUCAUACUGCUGGAUAAUGUCAUAGCUUUGCACAUGAGCCAGUUUAUUUUAGGUCUCCAUGGGCAUUAGUGGUCUUCAACAUUCUAUGGGUGCCCCAACUAUUGUCUAUUUGUGCCUCGGACACUCUCCCCACUCACUUAUUAUUGAGACUGACAGGUGGGUGGUUGGAGCAAGGGGAUGGAUACUUGGUGUUCUCCUGGACUACAAGAAACGCAGAACCUGCAGCAGAUGAAGCAACUUCAUCCUUUUAGGCCUUGCUCUGUCUCCUUUGGGUGCUGUGUUCAGCCUACACCAGAAAUCCACCUGAAAGACCUUGGAAAAUAAAAAGGACUUGUCCCUGGCACAGCAAGGAACACCCAUGCAGCAGCAGUCAAGUUCAACCACACUUGUUGCAUAUCAUACGGCUUAGUGCCAUAGAAUUGUUGUCUGCUGAUAGCUACAAUAAAGGCAAACUAUA